ACAUGUAGAUAUGUGCCGCUUGUAGUAAUGUAACGCAAUGAAUAAACGGAAAAGAAAUGAUGAGAGAAAAAGUAAAAGAGGGGAAUUAGAUCCGGGGUGAGAAUAUGGAGAAUUGGAUUUGGCAGACGUGGCUCAUGAGAGAUACAUUGAUGACAAAGGUGGGGGAGAAGAAAGCGGAGCCGUCGAAUGUUCCUCGAGGUCCAGGAGAGGGUGGUGGUAUAGUUGGUGAACUGGACAGCUACCAGGACGACGAGUAUUUAAGGGAGGCUCAACGCCGACGCGCGCCAGUUCUGCUCGUUUUUGUCAAGCCGCGAGUUAUUCCUUGGGAUUUAAAACACAUCGCGUCUGCCACGUGCCGCUACCGCCGAUUUUAAAGAAUAAAUUUUUUUGAACAUGAAAAAGUAAAAUUUAAAUGACGUGAAUAACAAAGCGGCUUUUGAAAUGUAUAUGAUAUUUUCAUUGAGUUUUAAAAGUAAAACUGACAGUUCAGUACAAUAAAGUCAUGGAGGUAUUGAAAGAUUAAUGACAUUGGGUUUUCAAAUGAUUUUUCUUCAACAUCAGUGAUCAAUCUACUCUGACGUGUUUACUCAUAAUAUUUUUAUUUAUAGUACUAUAAAUUUAUUUCAUGUUUACAUACAUCAUCAUAAAUCGUAUAAAGAUUGUACGAUGUGCUGGAGGAUAUUGAUACUGUAUUUAUUCAAACCAAUAGUGCGUGAUGAAAAAAAAUUAAUAAAACUUAUGGUUUUUUCGUUGUAUCUCCUGUUGCUCCAGUUAGUCAGUGCGUUUGAUCAUCAAGGAUCCAUUAAUUCGAUAAUAAAUUCAACGGAUUCCCAGGGUAAUUUUGUAAUAACACGGAUUUUACCAGACGGUGAAAUACAAAGAACGGUGAGGUGGAAUGGAAUUUGCGCCAAGGAGACAAUAGUUGAUUGGGGAGAUAUAAAUGUUGCGUUGAGAGAGAUUGAGGUAAACGGGAAGAAGCUACAGUUGAUUUACGAGGGAGAUAGUUUAACUGACUGCGUAGACGAGAGAUCGAUUGACAAGGAUAUUUGUUAUGAAGAUGAUAAUAUCUGGACGGAUGACAUUGAAGAGAAAUUUAAAGUUAUCGAGGAAACUGUACCACCACGUGAAAUCGAGUGGAUCGAAUCAUACGAUGAUCUUCAUCGUCGAUGUCAUCUCGUCAAAACUCAAGCAAGAAGUCAAGUUCUACGACAGCAUAUUAAACACAGGAUAGUAGAGAGGAGUCUUCAACAAAUGGUAAUAGCACCAGGAACAAAAUGGUGUGGCCCACAUCGAACUGCUUCUUCUUACAAAGAUCUUGGCGGGUUGGACAGCGUCGACAGAUGCUGCAGACGUCAUGAUCACUGUUACCGAGCUAUUCCACCUUUUUCUGAACGUUAUAAUUUCUGGAACUACAUGCCAUUUACACUGAGUCACUGCGGAUGUGAUCAGAGGCAAUGUGGGAAUAUUACCAAGACACUAAGAUUAAGACGACAUGGACGUCAAAGACGUAGAAAUAGACGUGAACUUUUUCUGAUGCCCGGUACUCAAUGGUGUGGACGAGGAAAUCGUGCGACUAAAUAUACAAAUCUUGGUGGUUUUGGUAAAGCUGAUUCUUGUUGCCGAAGACACGAUACUGCUUGUCCGUUUUAUAUUCCUGCUUUUGAAACACGCUAUGGCCUCUUCAAUUGGGGCAUUUCUACGCUCAUGCAUUGCACUUGCGACGAGCGCUUUCGAACGUGUUUGAAAAUGGCGCGAACAUCAUCUGCAAAUUUUAUUGGAAGAAUAUUUUUUAAUGUCGUGCAAACAAAAUGUUUUGUUUUAAAACCUCAGAAGGUUUGUAAAAAAUCAUCAUGGUGGGGAAAAUGUGAAAAAUAUGAAUACCGAAAGCAAGCACAUUUACGUAAUAAUAUAUCGUAUUAAUAAUUUUUUUUAUUUUAUAUAUAAAAUAAAAAAAAAAAUAUUGAUUUUCAAAUUAUUCGAAAAUUGUAAAAAUUGAGAAUUUUUUUAAUAGUAAAUAAGAUCUCAGGGAUGUUGUACAUCUUUGCACGCACAAUUAAGGAGCGCGCUAGGCUGAUUAUCCGGUUCCAUAUAUAUGACAAUACGUAUCGAUU